AUGAUCAAACUUCUCCUUGUGUUUGCGUGCAUAAUCAUAAUGGAAUUGGAUGCAAAACCUCAUGGGCAUUUGAAUAACGAAAUACCCGAAGGAUUAUUGAAUACCGAUUCAUUAUCUGAUGAUUAUCCACUCUAUUAUCAUAAAGCAUAUCCACGUAGAUCGUGGGGAACAAACAGAAAACGUUGGUUUCCUAUAAAAGAAUAUCGUGGUGGACUAAUGGAAGUUUAA